UUUUUUAUCUACCUACAUUUAAAAAUGUGUCAAGUUUGGAGUUAAAACCUUUUGACUUCAAGAGAUAAGAUUUCAAGAUAUUUGUGCGCCCAAGCAAGGAAAUUGUUAUUGGAGGUCUUGGGAAAUUCUCUCUUACAUAAGCACUGACAAAUUCCUCUAAUGUUCAGUUUCAAAUUAAUAACAAAACAUUACGCUUUUGUGCAAUGUCACCGUUCAUUCAUUUAAUUAAAUGCUACGUAAACAUGGAUCAUUUUCCACAUUAUUAUAAUCAUCAUAAGUCAAUACUCGACUUGUAAUCCGACGGAUUACUAAUUUAUUAUAUCACAGCAUAUGAAUAAAAAAAACGUCACGAAACUAGAUCGAAAAUCUCAACUUAUGCAGUCACCCAUUACAUAAAAUCGAAUAAAUAUCUCGUUCUGGUGGAUACUUUCACCAUUUCUUAGGUAACAUCACGUACAACAAGAGAUGUAAAAUUUUACUAGAAAUGGCAAUGAUUUAACACGUGUGACCCCGUUAUGUUUAUAAAUAUUUUCCCAAACAAACGCUCCAGUCAAUGACGCUCACUUUUAUAGUAAAACCACCCCACUAUAGCCAAACGUCCCCACUCACUUGCCUUUUAAAACAUUUUGCCCCAACUUUUCCUCAAUAAUUGCAAAGCUUUUGAGUGAAAGAGUCUCAAAUGAUACGACAAUGUUGAUUCGAUUACUUUUUGUGUUUAAUGGACUCGUGAUAGUUAAAAGUCUUAACCAAGCCCUUGUGGGCCAGUCUGUGCUCUACGGAAUAUCGCAUCUAGCCAAAGAAAACGCCAAUUUUUCAACAUGUCUUGAGCAGUUGGCCCAUUUUUACGACGCGGUGGAAGACCACCAAACCUGGGCCCUAAAAGCUCUUGAUGCUAGUGGUAGCCCAGGCUCCGGUUUUUUCUACGGAAAUAACUUAUGGCUGGGCUCUUACGCCCAAUGUGAGGACUUAUCAAACACCAAACCCUUUGAAAUCAGCUACGAGAGUGUUAGACGCCCCAAUGCCACCCUUUACGACUUCCCUCCAUUUAAUUUAGGUUUCGCUGUGGCUUAUUUCGAGCACAACAGCACGCUCCAGCAUCACACGCAACUACCUUUGGAGUUCACGAUACAACUUGGCCUGUGCAUCCCCCAAACUUGCUCAACUCAUGACUUACACCCCUUACUUGAGAAUUAUGUAAACCAGCGAUCUUUAACCGCCCAAAACUUAUACAACCUGAACCUAAAUCUCACAAUGAUUCGCUCAUUAGAACCGACCGGGUUAUGGCUACUUCAAUUACCAAAAACCAUAAUCUUCCUAUCCUUGGUCUCCACUGUGCUAAUUUUGACCAUCAUUGGCACGUGCUACGACGUACGAAAGCACAAACUGGCCAAAAAUCUAAUCACAGGACAUCGGGGCAACCUCACAGGAAAACAGAGCUCGAGUGUUGAACUCGUUUCAAAUUCCUCCUCAGAAGUCGAAACUAUAGGCACAUUUGGCGCAAUUUUGAAAUGUUUCUCGAUGUAUUCCAACGUGAAAAAUCUGGUCAAAACCGACUUGCCCCCAGAGUCGGUCACGGUAAUCCACGGGCUGAAAUUUUUCGGGAUGUUGUGGGUGAUUAUGGUGCAUGCUGUUUUCUACCAGUCGGAUUAUUUGAGCAAUGUGCCAACAGCGUACCGACUAUCUGAGGAUAUUUUCGCCCAAAUAUUGAGCAAUUCGACGUAUUCGGUCGACACGUAUUUAUUUCUGAGCGGGUUUUUGUUGGCUUAUUUGUUUUUCAAAUCGAGGGCGAACCACGACUCGGUUCUUCGGAAGGUUUCGCAAUUUUUCAUGAUGUUCCUCAACCGAUUUUUAAGACUAACACCACCUUACGUAUUUGUUAUAUUGAUGACUGAUGUUAUGUAUACGUACUAUCGCAAAGCUUCGGUGCUUUAUUCCAGCGAACGCAACGAGGAGCUUUGCCCCAAAUAUUGGUGGCGAAAUUUGUUGUACAUUAAUAACUUGUACCCGAGGUCUGAGAUGUGUCUGAGCUGGUCGUGGUAUUUGUCAGUUGAUACUCAGUUCUUUACGGUCGUUUCGUUUUUACUCAUUUUGUCAACAAGCAAAUUUAAAAUUUCAGCCGCUUUAACAGUUCUCUUAAUAAUUGGGAAUGUUUUGGCCACGACUUACAAGUCUUACACUAUUCGCUACAUUCCAACUAUGGAUGAGCAACUGACUGAGCUUGACGCAAUUUAUGACUUGCCGUGGAACAGAAUUGGGCCAUAUUUAAUUGGAGUUGUUACGGCUUACAUUUACGUAAUUAAAUUAAAACAAAAACUGGUUUUGAAAGAAAGAACCCGUAUUAUAUUGUGGACUUUGUUUCCGCUCCUCAAUUUAUGGAUUUUGUUUACUUUGUACACUAGAAAUUUAUCGGUAGAGUUUUCUGCAGUGUACAUGGGAGUGUCAAGGACUCUGUGGGGGAUUGGUUUAGGGUGGCUUAUCAUCGCGUGUUCCACAGGAAACGCACGAGCUUUAGAGAAAUUCCUUUCGUUUCGAGGUUGGAUUCCGCUAAGCCGUUUGACAUACUGUGCAUAUUUGCUGAAUCCUCUUCUAGCUAACAUGAUAUACAUGGGGUCUAAUAGUAGUUUAAACGCCUCCAAAGCUUCAUUCGGCGUCACGACGCAAGGAGUCGCAAUGACGACUUAUUUCCUGGCAUUUUUCAUGUCAGUGUUAAUUGAAUCACCCAGUAUUUUACUCACCAAAAUGAUGUUCAAUAAGUUGGUAAAGUCGAGGAAUGCGAACGCGGCUUAACUAAGGUUUUAUUUACUUGAUGACUGUGAUUUUAGAUUGUAUUUUUGUACGAAUAAAAAUCCUAAAAGUU